GCCCUCUGCUUUUGUUUCUUUGUUUUUUGUUUUGUUUUGAGAUGGAGAUAGGAAAGUUGACUAGGGCCCCAGAGAUCUAUGAGGAAAAAGAAAGGAAAAGGAGGAGGGGAGAGAAAUUUGCAGCGAUAGGUGGUUUCUGUUGUGCAAGUCAAGAGAGAAUGUAAGAGUUUGAUUCUAGUAGAAGCAAACUGAGAACAUAGUUUAACAAUAGCCCACAGGGAUGCCAAGAUAACAUCUCCUGAAAGAUGUCUCUAAACUACAUCAAGAACUUCUACGAAGGAUGUGUGAAACCUCCAACCGUGAUCGGCCAGUUCCACACCCUCUUCUUCGGUUCUGUGAGGAUGUUCUUUCUUGGAGUGCUGGGCUUUGCGGUUUAUGGGAACGAGGCUUUGCAUUUCAGCUGUGACCCAGACAAAAGAGAGAUAAAUCUGUUCUGUUACAAUCAGUUCAGGCCAAUAACUCCCCAAGUGUUCUGGGCAUUACAACUCGUGGUUGUCCUGCUUCCUGGAGCGAUUUUCCACCUUUAUGCUGCAUGUAAAAGCAUCAACCAAGAAUGCAUCCUUCAAAAGCCCAUGUACACUGUGAUUUACAUCCUCUCUGUCUUGUUAAGAAUCAGCUUGGAGGUGGCAGCAUUUUGGCUUCAGAUUCAUCUCUUUGGCUUCCAGGUGAAACCUCUAUACUUGUGUGAUGCCGAAUCCCUUGGUAAAAAAAUGAAUGUUCUAAAGUGCAUGGUUCCAGAACAUUUUGAAAAGACUAUUUUUCUCAUUGCAAUGUACACCUUUACUGUAAUCACCAUGGUAUUAUGUGUUGCUGAGAUUUUUGAGAUAAUAUUUAGAAGGUCAUGUUUCCUCUUUAAACAAUGACAG